AUGGUGAAUUUGAACAGUAUCCCACCAUGCAAUGGGCGAGGUUACUAUUUGGCGUUGGGUUUAGAAGGUUCUGCGAAUAAGCUCGGUGUUGGUGUAAUAAAGCAUCCAUUACUUGCUCAGCAUGAAGAUAGCGAUCUUUCACAUAUUUGCCAUGCAGAAAUUCUGUCGAAUAUCCGUCACACAUAUAUCACUCCUCCAGGCGAAGGGUUUCUUCCUCGUGAUACUGCUAGACACCAUAGGAAUUGGGUUGUAAGAAUUGUGCGGCGUGCGCUUGAUGAGGCAGGUAUUCAAGAUCCCCGAGAACUUGAUGUAAUUUGUUUUACCAAGGGACCAGGCAUGGGUUCUCCGUUGCAUUCCGUUGUGGUGGCUGCUCGCACAAUGUCGCUUCUUUGGGAUGUGCCACUAGUGGGGGUUAACCAUUGCAUUGGGCAUAUUGAGAUGGGGCGGGAGAUUACCAAAGCCAAGAAUCCAGUGGUAUUAUACGUAAGUGGCGGCAAUACACAGGUGAUUGCAUAUUCAGAGAACCGGUACCGUAUAUUCGGGGAAACUUUGGACAUUGCUGUGGGCAAUUGUUUGGAUAGGUUUGCAAGAACUCUCAAGAUUCCCAAUGAGCCGUCUCCUGGAUACAAUAUAGAGCAAUUGGCCAAGCAAUGCAAGAAUAAAGAUAAGAUUGUGCUCUUGCCGUAUACGGUCAAAGGAAUGGAUCUCUCAAUGAGUGGUAUUUUAGCGUAUAUCGACACGCUGGCUAAAGAUCUUUUUAAGAAGAACAAAAAAGCUAGUCUCUUAUUCGACUCGAAGACUGGCGAACAAAAAGUGACUGUAGAGGAUCUUUGUUACUCCUUGCAGGAGAAUUUGUUUGCGAUGCUUGUAGAAAUCACUGAACGUGCUAUGUCCCAUGUGAACUCUAACCAAGUACUGAUUGUAGGUGGAGUAGGAUCCAACGUCAGGCUGCAGGAAAUGAUGGCUGCAAUGUGUAAAGACCGUUCUGAAGGGAAAGUGCAUGCCACAGACGAAAGAUUCUGCAUAGAUAAUGGUGUAAUGAUUGCUCAAGCUGGCCUGUUACAAUAUAGAACAGGACAUAAAGUGAAAGACUUAGCAGAAACGGUGGUAACUCAGAGAUUUAGAACUGACGAGGUUUACAUAUCGUGGAGAGACUGA